UGUAUAGUCUUUUACUAAUUCAUGAUCAAAACUCAACUUAUUAAAACAAAGAAAAUAAAAAAAAAAAUAAAAUCAAACUCUAAUAUAAGAAAAAAAGUAUUGGUUAGUGUUCGUGCAAUCGGGAAUUAUCGUUUUUUUUGUCUAAAAAUUCGAAUUGUCUAAAAAGACAAUAUUUAAAAUAUACAGGGUGAAUCACGCUCGACGGGACGGAUAUUAUUUUGUGCAAAACGUUGAUCGAUUGCAGUUCCUGCGACAAUGUCUUCGGAAAAUCCGUCUGGAUCCGGCACGCUCGAAGAGAAGAGAAGGUCGUUUUCUGCAUUACUGGCGAAACUGGAAGAUAUGGAUUUUUCUGAUAUAUGUGGACACCAAGGCUUCGAUCCGUCGAAAAUGCGCAGAACGGUCAUGGAAAAUCCCGAAUACGAACAGAACGACGUUCUGACGAUGUGCAAAUUUUUCUUUACGCGCGGAACAAACCUCGAGAACAUAAAGAGAAGGAUCAGCGAGAUGGAUCAGCGAGUUUUGGAUACGUUAAUCCAGAGAUAUUCGUUGGUAUCCAAAGCGAACGCCGGCGAUUCGGGUUCUUCGAGGACGAGGAUCACUUUAGCCAGAAUCGCUGCGUGUUUUCCAGACCUAUCGGUCUCGUUUCUGGAUGAUUCGUCGACCAUAAGCGUGCGUCGACCGGUUUCGUUGGCGGAAAUGGGCGAGAUGUUGGGAGUUUCCUCUUUUCCACAAGUUCUUACGACCAAUAUCGUGCUGAGCAUCAUCCCUCGUGAUAAGAAUAUCAUAAAUCCUGCUGAUACGAACAAAAUUUACGUCAUUGUGAUGACCUAUGCGGCGCAGGAAGUGUGCGUAAUAAAUCCUGCGAUGGCUUCGAAAAAACUUCUCGAGCGCUUUCAUCACAAUCGUCCGUUUGCUGUGGCUGCUUACAACAGCACGUUGUUCUCGAACGAAGAAAGGUUUAAAAUUGCGAGUAGAGUGAAGGGAGUUUUUUACGUCGAAGAUGGUUCGUUGAGGCUUCUAGAUCACAUAAAUGAAGUUUAUGACUCUUGUGUUUCCUACAUGGAAGAAAGAGAGAUCACGCCAAUUACGCCGUUGUGGGAUAAAAGAAGACACGUGUAUGUUGAAUAGUAGAUCGUUUGCUUUGUAUUCGUUAAUAAUAAAACGUCCAGCACUCUGUCCUGCUGGAAUAAGCUCCUUCGGGAAGGACAGUUGGACAAACGAAUUGGUCCUGCCGGAAUUUAAAUGUCCUUCUUGAAGGACACAAUGAGCUUCCAGCAGUACGGCGACAUUUUCCAUAGGCGUCAGGAAUAUUUUUGCCAACAAUAAUUAAAAAUUAAUGAUUAGAUUAAAAGUUAUUAUUUUGUAGGACAUGAGAUUCUUUGUAUUGUCCAUAAUGUAGGUACAGUGUGCGUAACAUGCAAUAUCGAAAUAUACAUAUUUAAAUUUAAAAGUAAUAAAAAAACUCCCAAAAGUAAUAAAAACUAUAUUCUGUAAUAAAAAAAUAAAAAAAUAGGAACAUUAAAGCAAGAACAUUGAAAAAAAUUAAUAACAAAAAAUAUUAUAUUUGCGCUAAAUCA